CCCUCGGACUCCCCAUUGGUGCUCAGCACGAGCGUGAGGAAGUUUCUCCGGACUGACAGAGGAGCGCGCUCUGACAGCUUCAUGACUCUCUAAAACUAAAACAGUCACAAUGGCCGAUUCAGACACGAAUACCGAUGAGGACGAGAGGGAAUUCCUCAAGGUUGUCGCUCAGAUCGGAGGAAGAGAGCGGAUUUAUCUGGUCGGUGAUGCUUGUGACAAAAAAAAGGUGGACGGAGAUGACGUGGGAAUUUUUCAGGAGUUCAUCUGUGACAUGUUUCAUAGCAGCAACCCUGAGAUCAGCAAAGGUCCAAACUCCCAGCAAGGCGAUCGCGAUGGGCAGACGGGGAAAAGCGAUGCGAUUCCUUUAACCGUGAGAGGAAUGGAUGAGGACGGAGGGAAGGAGAAGCGACCGGCACGCAAAACCCCGAGAACAGCAACGAAAAGGGCUAACAUUUACAGUUCCAAGCGAGCGAUAGACUCCCCCGUCAUCGUCUUCAUCUUCAGACAGACGUUCGUAAGCACAUGCUCCAACGAGGGGAGUUUAAAGGAGAUUCUGAAGGACGUAAAGGCACGUACGAAACGUGCCUCGACGAUCUUGCGGCCCGCUUUGAUUGGAUUAAUACGCGCCACGCAGGAGUGCGCAGAGACGCACCGCUGUGCGCAAGUCCUGGAGAGUCUGAUGCGCUCGGUGUUCCACAGACACUCGCCUGAGAUGAUAUGGGUCGGCUGUUUCAUUCCCAAGACGGAGGCCACGAUACAGAACAUCAAGAAAAGCGCCUGCAACGUUGUUUACGCGUCUCAAACAGCAGAUAAUUCCGGGGAUAGAGGGAACCAGUCUUUGUGGCCAUUCCAAUGUUGUUUCAGGCCAGAGAGAAGGGAAGCCAGAGGCCAGACCAACAUCAGACCUUCAAACUGCAGGCAAAAAGGUGAAGCUGGAAGUAAAGAUGAAGGCCUUCCUCUCAAAACCUUGACUGCUGAGCCUCAUGUGAAUGGAUGAUGAGAUGAAGUUGGUAUGGCAGCUGAUGUUGGGACACAUGACUGGCCUCACAGCCAGAGGAUUAUUAUGUUUUCACUGUGGGGAAAAAAGGGGGCACUGCAUGGUGUAGCAUGGCCUUUUUACACUGUUUUAUGGUGCUUAUCUGAGCCAAAAGAAGAAAACUGCUGCUGUUCUGUGCAAUGUUUUGCCUUAAAACAUUUAUUGCAUCAGCAUUUAUUGUAGCUAUAUUCUCCCCUAAACUUAUAGAAUUUUGACAAGCGCACUAUGGUAAACAAAAUGCAAGUGCACAUAAAAAUAGAAAGAACUCUGGGAAGAUUACACUUUUUUUAAAAUUUUAUUCUUUGUUACAGCUGUUGCUGUUUUGUCCCAGAAAGUUGACUCUGCAGAGGACAGUCAGUGCAUUGCCUCCUCCUCCUACCUGCACAGCUGCACUCACUUGGGCUGAUCACCUCCGGAGCAGCCGGGAGAGCUGCCAGGAGGAAGGAGAGACUGGAUCAGUGCCAGUUCUCUCAUGUGCUCCAAUUGUUUGUGUUUAAAUGGCUUUUAAAUGGGUUUAAGAUGUUUUAAGCUUGGUGAAGCUUAACAACUUUUAGAGGUUUUUAACAGACGAGGGACCAGAGUGCUGGUUUCCUCUUGGCUCCCAAACUUGUGUAUAGUCAGUGGACUUUGUGUGUGAAUGUUUGGGAGCAUUCGGAUAUCUGUUUUAAACAUAAACCCAUGGCCAUUUUAACACUUUGAAGUACUUUUAGAUUUGGAGCUUUUUGUCAUUUUAAAAUCCUUUUAAUGAAAUCAUUGUUUACAAUUUUAACACCUGAAACACAUGCCUCUGUGUUACUCCCUGUCCUUCUCCUUAUCCAAUAGAGGAUGUAACACAAUGGGGGCUCGUCCGGGAUAUUCAACCAUUCUAUGAAGGACUUUUAAUGGCAUGUGCUUUUUGCAAACAGGUUUUAUUCAUAGAAUUUUAAGAUGUGUGGUCAGCCGUGUUCUCUCAGGUAUUGUGAGUAUGUUCUUUUUGUUUUAUUCUGUUGUGCUUGUUAAAUCUUAAAGUGAACAGAGUGAAUUCCCUAUAGGCUGUAGGAGCGCACCCUCUUUAGGAUCCAUUCUGGUUUUUGUUUUAAUAGAGUUGGGGUUAUGGAGGUUAACAUUGGUGGAAAUUCUACCAUCUCGGGAGCACCCCAGGGAUUUGGAGAGAUGGGCUCUCCUGCCCGCUGGUCCAUUUGUGCUUAAUCGGCCCUCAAGCCAUAAACUAUCACAACUGAUGUAUAAACCUUAAUGUGAACUGCUAGUUUUAUUGUACCUGAAAGUUUUUUUAUUACAUAGUUUUAUUGAAAGACUUAAAGUUCGCCUCAUACCAUUUUUCAUUUGUCUGUUUUAGUUCAAAUAUGUGAGACCACUUCAGUCAGAAAUGCUAACUGCUGCACAGAAACCUUGAGCAACUGAUCUUGCAUUGUUGUUUAUAAUUCCAAGCAAGGGCAUUUUAAAAUAUACAUAUUUAAUAAAAGUUUUUGUCUUAAAUUUGUGUUUCUCAGUAAAGCCUAUUUUGCAACAGAAAUGUAGUACACUAAAUCACUUGUACCAGUUUAGGUGUUUAUUUAUACUGAUAAUUUCCCAUCCAUUUAAAUAAACACAUUUAUAAUAAUAUGUUUUUGUUUUGAAUAAAUGUUUUAAAUAAAUGUGCAUUCCUGUGGUAGUGGUUUUAAUUACAUUAAUAAUUUAAUUUAUUAUGGAAACAGUUUUGAAGAAUAAACCGUACAUAACAGCACAAGUAAAACACUACUUUUGUUUCUCAUCACAUACGUACAAACAAUUUAGAACUGUAUUUUUUUUUAAUUUACAUUGAAAUUACAUAAUGCAGAACGUAUAAUUACAACCGACUGAUAUAAUUUUUUUGGACGUGUUCGCACUAGACAGAAAAAGCUGAUCAACCCUAAUUAGAAUCCACUAAACCAUUAAAUGUUAAUUAAAAUAUUAUGUAAAAAAAAUUCGGACACUAGACGUGAAAGAUGGUCAUACAAACAGGUCUUAAGUUUCUAAUUGUUUACCAGCACAAAUGGAACUCCUUCCCUCCCCCAUAAUGCAUCUGUAGCAAGAUGUCAUCACACCAGUUAAAGUGACCACAGCUCAGACCGGCUCAGCAGCAAAUCUUUCCUCUAAACAGUCCCAGUACCGCGGACGUCUGUUUCCCAGCUUUUAACCCACAAAAUUACAAGAGAAAAGACAUCAAAUAAUAAUGCUUUUACUAUACAGAUGUCGAUUUAAAACUAGAUAACUCAAUUCUAUAUUUUUAUGACUAUUAUUUUACAUAAAAUAGAAUAAAAAUAUUUUACUGGGAAGAACGUAAAUACCCUAAAUUUGGGCUAUUAAAGCCGAAAUCUGGAGUUUUUCCUCCAAUGGUGGAAAGAUGUACACCUUAAGCCAUUCAACCCCCUUCCAUAUUUAUGGCUAGAAACACCUCUUACAUGAACACUUCUAGUUGGCCUUCUAAAUAUUUAAACUUUGUAUUGUGAGCCCAAGGACCGAAAACCCAUAGAUGACAAGCGAACUUGUGGUCUAGUCGGUGAGUUGCUGGUAGAUGAAUGGAGAGUGCGCGAUGAGGUAUAGAAUGUUUGUUAGGUAGAAGGGUGCAAGUUUAUUUAGAGCUUUUAAUGUUAAGAGAAUUUUAAAUUGGAUAUGAGAAUCAUCUGAGAGCCAAUGCAACUCAGGGAGAACCGGUGCAUUAUGUUGAGAAAGUGGAGUCUUGGUGAUAACAAGAGUCGCUGAGUUUUGCACUAGCUGUAGUUUAUGCAGGAGUUUCUGAGAGAUACCAGAAAGAGAGAGUUGCAGUAGUCAAGAUGGGAUGUGGCUAAUGCAUUAACUAAAUUUUGGCAUCGGUCUGAGUAACAAAUGGUCGUAGCCGACUGAUAAUGCGCAGUUGCUAAACGAACAACAGUUUUGACGUGAGCUGUGAAGUCAAAUUACUAUCCAAGAUGACACCCAGACUUUUAACCGGUGAAGGAGAUAGGAUGUUAUCGUCAAAUAGAAAAGAGGGAAAAACUGAGUUAGUAAUCUAUAGAUCUAGUUCCGACAAGAAGAAUAUAUGUCUUAUUUCCAUUUAGUUUUAAAAUAUUAUGAGAAAACCAGGUUUUUAUCUCAUUCAGACAGUUGGCCAGUGAAGCAAUGGACAGACAUUUGGGGAAGAAAAUAGAUAUAGCUGGAUGUCAUCAGCAUAAGUGGAAAGUGGUGUUAUGUUUCCUAAGAAUAUGUUUAUGUUUAUUCAUUUAGCACACACUUUUAUCCAAAGUGACUUACAAUUUAUAACCUAUGGGGCAUGUUGUGAUCUGUGGGGGAAACCGGAGUACCCGGAAGAAACCCACGCAUGCAUGGGGGGAACACGCAACUCCACGCAGAAAGGCUGCAGCCGAGCCGAGUUUCGAACCUGCAACCUUCGUGCUGUGAGGCAACAGCGCUAACCACUGCACCACCAUGCAGCCCUAGAAUAUCCAGCUAGAAUACGCCCAAGAGGGAGAAUGUAAAUAACAAACAGAGGGCCCAGGACAGAGCCUUGUGGGACCCCGCUGGAGACAGAUGUGGAGCGUGAGUUAGGUGACUUAAUUUUAACAAAGUGCAAACGGUCCAAUAAAUAUGAGGUGAACAAAGAUGAAGCGACACCGUGGACUCCUAUAGUGAAGAAACGCUGUAGAAAAUUUGAAUGAGAAAUGGUAUGGAAUGCAGCUCAUAAAUCAAUAAACUAACUAUUAUAUUGUCACCAUUCCAGUUUCAGCGAUAUGAUUUCUCUCCAGAUGGCAGCUUUAAAAGGAAGCAGAAACUUCUCCAGUCAGAAGUAGAGAUGUAGUUGUUGGUCCCAAAUCAAGUUGAUGUCACUGUAGUGUCUGUAAAACACCUGUGUUCGAGAUAAGCCAUAGUCUUAUGCCGGUGUCGGUUCAGGAUCUGCUCGGGUGCAGGAUCGGCUUGGGGUUCUUCGACUGCCGAUGACGUCAAAGUAGUUGAUUGUCUGAAGAUGAAGCUUACGGAAGUUACGUUAUCACGUUAUGAUUUUGAUUGGUCAGGACAAAUUUGCGGUCGUAGUCUUAGCGGUUGUAGUCCAAAAAUCAACACUUUUUGGAGAAAAUAUGUUUGAAUUUCUAA